AUGAUCACCUCAGAACUACCCGUGUUACAGGACUCGUCCAAUGACUCGGGAGCCACAGACGCUGUGAGUCUGAGCAUGAGUAUGAGUGAGAUCGAGGAUCCAGAAGUUAAGGGCAGAAAGAAGAGAGGUCGCCCCGGGAAACAGGGGCAAACUGUGUCAAACAAAAAGCCCAGACGGCCUGCAGCUGAUAAGAGUGUUAGCGCGUCCAGAGGGAGGGGGAAGGCCAAUGGAGUGGCCCAACACAACGGGGACAACGCAGACCCCGUCACGCUGUUUGAAGUGGUCAAAGUGGGCAAGAGCGCCAUGCAGUGUGUGGUGGAUGACUGGAUCGAGUCGUACAAACAGGACCGAGACAUGGCACUUCUCGACCUCAUCAACUUUUUCAUCCAGUGUUCCGGUUGCAAGGGCACUGUUCGUAUCGAGAUGUUCAGGAAUAUGCAAAAUGCUGAGAUAAUCCGCAAGAUGACUGAAGAGUUUGACGAGGACAGUGGAGAUUACCCCCUGACGAUGCCUGGACCCUUGUGGAAGAAGUUUCGUUAUAAUUUCUGUGAGUUUAUCGCGGUGCUGAUCCGCCAGUGCCAGUACAGCAUCAUCUAUGACGAGUACAUGAUGGACACGGUCAUCUCGCUGCUCACUGGACUGUCCGACUCCCAGGUCCGAGCCUUCAGACACACCUCCACGCUCGCAGCGAUGAAGUUGAUGACAGCGCUGGUGAACGUGGCGUUGAACCUCAGCAUCCACCAGGACAACACGCAGCGACAGUAUGAGGCCGAGAGGAACAAGAUCGCAGGGAAACGAGCCAAUGAGAAGUUGGAGCUGCUGCUGCAAAAGAGGAAAGAGCUACAAGAAAACCAAGACGAGAUUGAAAACAUGAUGAACUCCAUCUUCAAGGGUAUAUUUGUGCAUCGCUACAGGGACGCCAUCGCAGAAAUCCGAGCCAUUUGCAUCGAAGAGAUUGGAGUCUGGAUGAAGAUGUACAGCGACGCCUUUCUUAACGACAGCUAUUUGAAAUACGUGGGAUGGACACUACACGAUAGGCAAGGAGAGGUGCGUCUCAAGUGCCUGAAGGCUUUGCAAAACCUUUACACAAACAGAGAACUAUUUCCUAAACUUGAGCUUUUCACAAAUCGAUUCAAGGACCGUAUCGUGUCCAUGACUUUGGAUAAGGAGUAUGAUGUGGCUGUGGAGGCAAUCAGACUGGUCACUCUCAUCCUACAGGGCAGUGAAGACGCCUUGUCAAACGAAGACUGUGAAAACGUCUACCACUUGGUUUACUCCGCACAUCGACCGGUGGCUGUCGCGGCUGGAGAGUUUCUGCACAGGAAGUUGUUCAGUCGCCACGAUCCCCAGGCCGAGGAGGCUCUGGCCAAACGCAGAGGAAGAAGCAGCCCCAAUGGAAACCUCAUCCGCAUGCUGGUGCUUUUCUUCCUGGAGAGUGAGCUCCACGAACAUGCGGCGUACCUGGUGGACUCGCUGUGGGAGAGUUCUCAGGAGCUGCUGAAGGACUGGGAGUGUAUGACGGAGCUGCUGCUGGAGGAGCCGGUCCAGGGAGAGGAGGUUUUAUCGGACAGACAGGAGAGCGCCCUGAUCGAACUCAUGGUGUGCACCAUCCGCCAGUCUGCAGAGGCGCAUCCUCCUGUCGGCCGCGGGACAGGCAAACGGGUUCUAACAGCAAAGGAGAGGAAAACACAGAUCGAUGAUAAAAACAAACUAACGGAGCAUUUCAUCAUGGCCUUACCAAUGAUCUUAUCAAAGUACCAGGCUGACUCGGAGAAAGUGGCCAACCUCCUGCAGAUCCCCCAGUUCUUUGACCUAGACGUGUACAGCGCCGGCCGCAUGGAGAAGCACCUGGACGGGCUGUUGAAGCAGAUCCGGCUGGUGGUGGAGAAGCACAUAGAGAUGGACGUGUUGGAGGCCUGCAGUAAAACCUACAGCAUCCUGUGUUCCGAGGAGUACACCAUCAUGAACCGCGUGGACAUUGCACGCUCGCAGCUCAUCGACGAAAUGACCGACCGCUUCACGCAUUCGGUGGAGGAGCUGCUGCAGGAGGCUGAAGAGGCUGAUGACGAUGACAUCUACAACGUGUUAUCCACUCUAAAGAGACUCACUGCCUUCCAUAACGCCCACGACCUGACGCGCUGGGACUUGUUUGGAAACUGUUACCGUCUCCUCAAAGCAGGGAUUGAACAGGGCUCGAUGCCGGAGCAGAUCGCGGUCCAGGCGCUGCAGUGCUCCCACUACUCCAUCUUGUGGCAGCUGGUUAAGAUCACCGAGGGGGCGCCCACCAAGGACGACCUGGUGGCGCUGAGGAGAGUGGUCAAGUCCUUUCUGGCCGUGUGUCAACAGUGUCUGUCCAACGUCAACACUCCAGUCAAAGAGCAGGCCUUCAUGCUGCUGUGUGACCUCCUGAUGAUAUUCAGUCAUCAGUUAGUGUCUGGGGGCAGAGAGGGGCUGCAGCCGCUCGUCUUUAACCCCGACAGCACGCUUCAAAACGAGCUGCUCAACUUUGUGCUGGACCACGUCUUCAUCGACCAGGACGACGAGAGCCAGAGCAUAGAGGGAGACGAGGAGGAUGAAGCCAACAAGAUCGAAGCCCUUCACAAAAGAAGAAACCUCUUGGCUGCCUUUUGUAAACUCAUCAUUUUCGACAUCGUGGACAUGCCCGCAGCCGCUGACAUUUUCAAACACUACAUGAAGUAUUAUAACGACUACGGAGACAUCAUCAAGGAGACUUUGAGUAAAACCAGACAGACGGACAAGAUCCUUUGUGCCAAGACCCUCAUCCUCAGUUUGCAGCAGUUGUUCAACGAGUUGCUUCAGGACCAGGGCCCAAACUUGGACCGGACCUCGUCUCAUGUGAGCGGCAUCAAAGAGCUGGCCCGGCGCUUCGCCCUGACCUUUGGCCUGGACCAGAUCAAGACCAGAGAGGCUGUGGCCACGCUGCACAAGGACGGUAUCGAGUUUGCCUUCAAAUACCAGAACUCCAGAGGACCAGAGUUCCCUCCCAUAAACCUGGCCUUCCUCGAGGUGCUCAGCGAGUUCUCCUCCAAACUUAUCCGCCAAGACAAAAAGACUGUCCACUCGUACCUGGAGAAGUUCAUGUCGGAGUCCAUGUCGGAGCGCAGGGAGGACAUCUGGCUGCCUCUCAUCUCCUACAGGAACAGUCUGCUGACGGGAGGAGACGAGGACCACAUGUCGGUCACCUCCGGCACCAGCAGCAAACCCGGAUCAGUGCGCAGCAAGAAGGGCCGGCCGCCGCUGCAUAAGAAACGCAUCGAGGCGGAGGAGAGCAGCGUGGAGGGCUCGUGGCUGAUGCGUAAUGACACUUUACCGACACCAGGGGCGCUGCAGACGCCUCAGCUCACAUCCACAGUGCUUCGAGAGAACAGACCAGCUGAACACAUGGGCGACCCAGACUCCGAGCCUGGCUCCGAGAACGACUUUGUGCACAAUCCUCAGAUGCAGAUGUCGUGGCUAGGGCAGCAGAAGAUGGAAGAGGUGAACCGGAAAGACCGAACAGGAAUGAACUACAUCAAGUCUCGCAGCAAUCAAGGCGUGCGGCAGACGGUGCGAGGUUUGAUGGAGGACGACGCAGAGCCGAUCUUUGAGGACGUGAUGAUGUCGUCGAGAGGUCAGCUGGAGGACAUGAACGAGGAGUUUGAGGACACAAUGGUCAUCGACCUGCCCCCAUCUCGAAACAGACGCGAAAGAGCCGAGCUAAGACCGGACUUCUUUGAUUCAGCAGCUAUGAUUGAAGACGAAUCGGGAUUCAGCAUGCAGAUGUUCUGA